AUGGUUGCCCAUAAGAAAGGGAAGAAGAAGAGUAAGAAGCAACAUGGGUCUGGGUCUGAGAAGGAGGUGAAGGAUUCGAAAAUUCAUGCUGAAAUCAUAGAUGAGGAGUCCGAAUAUCCGACUUCGCGGGUUAUUAAAAGGGCUCCAAAUGGGGAUGUAAUAGUGGAGUCGCUUCCGGAGCAGGAUUCAGGAGAUGGUAGUGAUUCUCAUAAUGAUCGUACUGGCCCCGGAGGUGCGCUUGGUGAUACGGUAGAGGAUGUAGAGGAUACGAAAUGGCCGAUCAAGUUGGAUACGCAUUGGGAAUCCUUGUCAUUAGAAGAAAGGAGGAAUAUAUUACGAAUCAGCAAAGAUGAGCUCUUUGAAAUGAUCAAGUCGUACAAGAAUGUCCAUAGCUGUGAUUGCAGUAUGUGUGGUCGUAACAAUAAUAUGAAUAUAGAGCAAGAGAUUGAACAGAUAUAUGCCGAACUCUAUGAAUCAGCAAAAUAUGAAGAUGCCGAAACGGACUUUAUACAGUUUCAUUUGAAGCUCAUAAAAGAGUACCAGAGCAAAGGAAACGAUUCCAGUUACUUCCAUUCACAUCAUCGUAAGCAUUCUAACCAUAAAGAGGGAGACUCUGUAGACACGGCCAAUAGUGGAGAUCAUAUUGAUAAUUCAUCAAAUAAUGAAGAGCAAAGCACAGUCAAACUUCCGAAAAACUCAAAUACGGACAGUGCACAGGACGAUUCUAACGAUCCAUUCCUCAAGUCAUUACAUGCUGAUUAUCCUAUCAAGUAUUAUCUGCCCGAAGAAGUACUUGCUGCGGAAGAAGCAGAUGAGUUAAAGUACAUGGACAAAGCUGAUGCAAAUACCAAUUCACAUCCAACAUUUUCCCCUCCUUCAAAACAUUCACCAGCAUCAUUAGAUUGGAAACAAGAAAUUAAACAGUUUAAGAGCAGUAAGCAAAAACAACUAACUGAGACUGAUAUCCAGCCUUCGGGUGACCUACAAAGGUUGCAAGAAGUUGAACAAAUCAGCGCAUCGCCUUCAUACGGUGAAGUCGAUUCUAAGUUGUUGUCAUUUGCUAAAACUCUAGUAUCAUCCCAUCCACACAUUGCUGAGGAGUUCAUUAACAGAGCGAUAAUGUAUCCACAUAUCAAGGCUAUCACUGAAGACAUGAUGAAUAAUGAGGGCGAAGGCUUGAAAAACGCCAUGGAAAGCUUGGUCUUGCAGCAGCAACAACACCAACAAGAGAACGAAGAUGCAUUAUCACAAUAUGAGGCUACUUCUUCAGAUGGUGGUGACCUCGAAAACUCUUCUCAAGACAAUAAUAACUCAGACGAAAAUGAGGAUGAUGACAGCAAGCAAAAAAACGAUGGCAAAACUAUUGAUACUGUGAGUGCUACUGGAAGUACGGAGAUAGAAGCAUUGAUAAAUAAUGUGAAUUUUGAUUUUGUUAAGGAUCCAACUUCAGUUUCAUCGCUAAUAGGUGCAUGUUAUGAUGUGAUUAAUAACAAAGACAAGCGCUUAGAGAUCGAUAAGGACAAUAGAGAACAUAAAGAAGAGCUUGAACGUUUACGUCAUGAAAUAUCAGCAGCUGAAUCCCAUGAAUCUUAUGAUUGGUCAAAUGACGAAUAUGAAGAAGGCAGCGAGCGAAAUGAGCCUGAUGAAGACUACAUCGACGAUGAAGAUAUCGAUGAUCAUCACUUGGAUUCAGAUUAUGAUGAUGAUGACGUAAUUUAUGACGAUAUUGAUGAGAAUGUUAAAUCUAAUAAGGAAUCAUAUUCCACAGAUCAUGGCCAUGGUUCCUUGGUUGACCGCCAUCAUAAAUCAUCGAUGCCUAACGAUUCAGAGGAAUGUAUUGACGAUGAUUACGAUAGCGAAAUUGAUCAUGCGGAACGUCUGGAAGAAGGAAGAAGGCUCAUUCAGAUAGCGAUCACCAAGUUACUACAAAAGAAACUAAUUGCCUCUUAUCAAGAGAAAGAAGCUGAAAAGAACAGAGAAAGAUUGUUAAUGGAGUUGGAAGCGGAAGAGAACCAAAAGAAAGAGAGGGAGAAACGAAAGCAGAAGAAGAAAGAGAAAGAGAAAGAGAAAAAACGUUUGCAACAGUUGGCAAAGGAGGAGGAGAAAAGAAGACAAGAAGAAGAAGAACUUCGUUUAAAGAAGGAGGCUGAAGAGAAAGAGCUGGCACGUAGAGAAGCUCAGAGGAAAAAGGUUGAAGAAGCAAAGCGUAAGAGUGAUGAAAAACGUAAGAAGAAACUAGCAGAGCAAAGGCGUCGUGAGGAAGAACAAGAGCGCAUUCGUAAAGAAAAGGAAGAGUUAAAGAGGCAACGUGAAGAAGAACAGAAGCAGAAAAAAUUGGAGAAGGAGAAAAAGCAGCGAGAAUUAGAAGAGCAACGUCAACAGAAAAAGAGAUUGGAAGAAAUAGAAAAGCAAAAACAACAGCAACAGCAACAGCAACAGCAAACGGAGGCUACUAUCAAGAGUCAAGAGCAUGCAUCAAUGGACAUUUCAAGGGCAGAAGCCACCCCAUAUAAUCUUAUUACAAACGAUGUAUUUCAUUCAAAUACUACCUUGAAUGAUGACAUAUUCAAUAUGAUCAAUCAAGCCUCGAAAUCAAUGUCAUCAUCUCCAUCUAGGACUCAAGAUAGUGCUCUGGAUGCUAGUAUGCUAGCAUCUAGAGGAAUCCAUAACCCAAUGUCUACAGAAGAUGUGCUACUACCCCCUUCAUCAACAUAUUCACUACCUAACACUUCUCCUCAUACACAGACUGCUUUCUCUCAACAGGGAUCUUCAUUGCCGUUAAACUCACUCGGUAGUUGGGAACAGUCACAGUCUUCACAAGCUUACUAUAAUGCCCAAAAUCCAUCAGUUGAAGUCCCUAACACUCUUCCUUCAUAUGCUGAUGGAAAUGUCAAUGUGUCAAAUGAAGUGAAUAGUAUAACAAACUUCUUGAAAGAUACUACUAUAAAUGAUAUUCCAAUAAGUUCGAAAAACUCACUUCCUUCUCAGUCUCUAGAACCUCUCAGUAUAUCUCCUCGCCCACAGUCUGUUGUCUACAACCGACCAGCUCUAUGGAGUAACGACACUACUCAAAGAAUCAAUAGAUUCAACCAUCAACAGGCCCAGCCAAAUCAAUUGUCUUCUUCGCAACAAAGGAGAUCCAUAUGGGACUCUAGCUCGGAUUCAGCUUUUGCAGUAAAUUCAACAAACGGAUUUGGCUCCAGUAUCUGGGGUAGCGCAACACCAAUACAAGCUCCAGCUACAACGAUAUUACCUUCUCCGCAGGCUACUGAACCUUCAAAUGAGUCAUACAUGGAUAUUUUAACUAACUGCUACAAAUUGUUGUCACCAGACAAUAGUUUUGUUCCAUUGGAUAAAUUGUACCAAGCAUCUUUGACUCAAAUCAAUGCUAAGUCUGUUUUAUCUUAUUCGCAGUUCGUAUCAACGUUAAUGUCAAUGAAAAAACUAAAUAAAUGUGAACUCCUAAAUGAUAACACAGGAAUGUUAGCAUAUUGUCGGAUGGGAGGACCAAUGUCUGCAGGAUUAUCUGCGUAUUCUCAAGGUUCAUACUCCGGUGCACCUUCACAUGCUACCGCAGAUACGCAGUCUCUCGGUGCUAUUCCGACUACUGCUGCUCCAACAAAUCCGUUGGCUCAAUCUUUGAACUCUAUAUUUGGGGAUGUGUCGUUUUCACAAGCAAUUCCCGCUGUGCCUGCGCCAGUAUCUCAAAUAGAUGGAAUGUCUAAUACAAACCCUGAUCCUGCGAACUAUCUGAACUACGAUCAGUCAUUCCCAGUAUCUUAUCAAGGUAGUAACAUUUGGAGCUAG